UCAUCUCAUCACUGCCAUUAUCUUCUUCACUCAAACACUCUUUUCUGCUGUGCUGUGAGGGCUCCGAUAUGCUCUCGCUCGCUCCAUUUCACCGUUCGUGGUUCCUCUUUUCGCUCUUCAUCGCUGCGGCAGCGGUUAUACGCUGCGUCGCGGCUGAAGAUGCCACCGUGGAACCCGAAACGGUGCAUUUCGACACCGGAGGUUUGAGCAGAGAGGUUUUUCCCAAGGGCUUCAUAUUCGGAACGGCGACGUCUGCGUAUCAGGUGGAGGGUAUGGCCCACAAAGACGGUCGCGGCCCAAGCAUUUGGGACGUUUUUAUCCAAAAGCCCGGUAUUGUCGCAAAUAAUGGGACGGGAGAAGUUUCUGUUGAUCAGUACCAUCGCUACAAAGAUGAUAUAAAUCUCAUGUCCAGACUGAAUUUUGAUGCUUAUCGGUUCUCAAUCUCGUGGUCCAGAAUUUUUCCAAAUGGAACCGGCAAAGUAAAUUGGAAAGGUGUGGCAUACUACAAUAGGUUGAUCAAUUACUUACUAGAAAAAGGUAUUACCCCAUAUGCAAACCUCUACCACUAUGAUCUUCCUUUGGCACUUGAGGAGAGGUACAACGGAUUAUUGGGUCACCAAGUUGUCAAAGAUUUCGCAGACUAUGCAGAAUUUUGUUUCAAGACUUUUGGAGACAGAGUUAAGAAUUGGAUGACGUUUAAUGAACCUCGUGUGGUGGCUGCUCUUGGCUAUGAUAAUGGUUUCUUUGCCCCUGGAAGGUGCUCAAAAGAAUAUGGGAAUUGUACAGCUGGUAACUCAGGCACUGAGCCUUAUAUUGUUGCGCACAACUUGAUAUUGUCACAUGCAGCUGCUGCUCAAAGAUACCGAGAGAAGUAUCAAGAAAAGCAAAAGGGAAGAAUUGGAAUCCUCUUGGAUUUUGUUUGGUAUGAGCCUCUUACAAGAUCAAAGGCCGACAAUUAUGCUGCUCAAAGAGCCAGAGACUUUCAUUUGGGAUGGUUCCUUCACCCCCUUGUUUAUGGAGAGUAUCCAAGGACAGUUCAAGAAAUUGUUGAGGAAAGACUCCCCAAAUUCACUAGUGAAGAAGUUAAAAAGGUGAAGGGUUCGAUUGAUUUUGUCGGAAUCAACCAAUAUACUACCUACUACAUGUACGAUCCUCAUCAAGCAAAACCUAAAGUCCCAGGCUAUCAAAUGGAUUGGAAUGCAGGGUUUGCUUAUGCAAAGAAUGGAGUGCCAAUUGGUCCAAGAGCUAAUUCUUAUUGGCUUUACAACGUACCAUGGGGCAUUUACAAAUCAUUGAUGUACGUAAAGCAACGUUAUGGAAACCCAACAGUGAUCUUAUCUGAAAAUGGCAUGGAUGAUCCGGGUAAUGUGACUCUUCCCAAGGGUUUGCAUGACACCACAAGAAUAAACUAUUACAAAGGCUAUUUGACUAACCUAAAGAAGGCUGUUGAUGAUGGAGCAAAUGUGGUCGGCUAUUUUGCAUGGUCUUUGCUAGAUAACUUUGAAUGGAGGUUAGGUUACACAUCAAGGUUUGGAAUUGUUUAUGUUGAUUUCAAAACCCUCAAGAGAUACCCCAAGAUGUCAGCAUACUGGUUCAAGCAGCUCAAUGCCAGAAAGAAGCAUUAAUAGCUGAGCUCUGUACCUACUUUCUAAGCUUCUAGUUGCUUCAUGAAUCAUGUUUUAAUGGUUUUGGCCGAGUUAAAAAGUGCCUCUGUAACUGUAAUCAUGCGACUUGAUUAAUACAAGUCUUAGAAUAAAAUUAUCUUUUAUAA